UGGCUGCGGGCCGGAGGAAGAAGAAGAGGGAGGAGGAGUGGAGAGGGGGGUGUUCGGUGAAAUUUGAAUGAAUGUGGGUGGGCUGGGAACACAGACCGGCACUGAUGGACAGUUUAUUUCCCAUUUCAGUGUCAACAUAACGCAACAAACCUCCAACAGCUCUGGACAGUUUUCUGGGGCCCCAUGAGUGUGAGGAGUCAGUCGGUGAAGCAGAGGCUCCCCUCAUGGCUCUGUUCCCCGGCCGCCUGCCGCCGCUCGCUGUCUCCUCCUCGGCUCUGAGCCUCUCCGGAACCCCGCUGAUCUACCUGUACGGAGGGGACAGCACAUUGAGCCUAGUUCCGGGGUCCCAGGAGCCCCCCCAGAAGCCUCCUUACAGCUACAUCGCGCUCAUCGCCAUGGCCAUCAGGAGCGCGCCCGGGCAGCGCGCCACGCUCAGCGGCAUCUACCAGUUCAUCAUGGAUCGGUUCCCUUUCUACCAGGACAACAAGCAGGGCUGGCAGAACUCCAUCCGGCACAACCUGUCGCUGAACGACUGCUUCAUCAAGCUACCCAGAGAGAAGGGCCGGCCGGGAAAGGGCAGCUACUGGACCCUGGACUCCAGCUGUUUGGAUAUGUUUGAAAACGGAAACUACCGCCGCAGGAAGAGGAGGGCCAAGAGCCAGCAGGACGCGCCAGACUCCAAAGAUCCUGGAUCGAGACGCGCAAAAGUCGCCGUGUCGUCCAGGGAAACUCUGAACUCUGAUUGGGGGACAGCACCGGUGCCAGAUAAAGAGCCGAACACAGAACCGGUUCUUUUAAAGUUCACCCAGCAGAAUCCAGUCGCACAGAGACAAAAAGCGCAUAUUUCCACGGAACCCCACGCUGAUCCAGGAUCGGCUCAGCGCGCCAACCUGCUCGCUGCAGCACAGCAAACACCGAGAGCGAACGAGCAGAGGACGGACAGGUCCAAAGGGUUCACCAUCGAGAGCAUCUUAUCCAAAAAUCAAGACGAAGCGCGCGGCCGCGUCCUGGACGUUUCAGCGGAGAGUCUCUGCGCCCCCCCGCUCGUCAGUGCGCAUCCCCAUCACCUGGUCCAGGUGGGACUCCCCUUCUGCUCCUACCUGUCUCUCACCUGCUCGGACUCAGCGCUGCGCUUCCACUGAAGCGGAGCGGGCAAAAACAUUCAAGGAUUUUUGCGCACAGAUGCGUAAAAGUUUGCUAACCAAAGUUGUAUUUACCCAGAAACCACAAGAUCUGCGCCAUUUUUAUUACGUUCAUCACCAUCAUCGGCAUUAAAACAAUACAGCAGAACAACAGGGAGAAAGGCAGGCGUAAUUACUGAAUGUUUUUGUUCAUGUGUGACUUCUUGUUUUUUAUUGUUGCAGACAAGCACGUUUAAAUGCAUUUUUUUUUGUUGUUGUUGUUGUAAUUUAACACGACAGGGCCUGGAGAUGCCAAACAAUGUGAGGAUUAACUUUACUGAAGGCUGUAACCAAAACAUAUAAACUGGUCAGCUCUGCGUUGGAAUGUUGCAAAAAAUAAAGUUCAGGUAGAGAUCAAA